UAAAACACGGAGAGCUAUUUUUAUUUUCAUUAUUUACUGGAAAUUUAUGCCCCUGUUUCCCAAAAAUGGCGUAAACGCAGCUGUACCUAUCGACAUCGUCACAGAGCAACCGGGAUACACAUACAGACCGAUCACUAUGUUCAUACCAGACAAAAAACCAAUCAUAUCCAGGCGUAUGCGUAAACCUCCUGAUUAUCACUAUAAUUACUGGAACGGACCUAAUUAUGACUAUCAUUAUCCUUAUCGGAAUUGGACCCGUCCUAAAUAUAAUUAUCAUUAUGAUUACUGGAAUGGACCUAACUAUCACUAUCAUUAUCCUUAUCGGAAUUGGACCCGUCCUAAAUAUAAUUAUCAUUCUGAUUACUGGAAUGGACCUAACUAUCACUAUCAUUAUCCUUAUCGGAAUUGGACCCGUCCUAAAUAUAAUUAUCAUUAUGAUUACUGGAAUGGACCUAACUAUCACUAUCAUUAUCCUAAUCGGAAUUGGACCCGUCCUAAAUAUAAUUAUCAUUAUGAUGACUGGAAUAGACCUCCACAUAAUUACCAUUACUAUGAUUGGGAUAAUCGCAAACCGUGGGAUAAAAAGUAUCCUGAUCAUUGGUAUAAGAAAAAAUAUGGUUGGUACAGAGUUAAAGUUCAAGACAGUUAUUAUAUAGAUGAUAUAGGUUUGCCAUUUUUGAAGGCCAAAACUAGACAUACUGUACCAAGCAUCGGCCACGGAGUUGACAUAAAGAUAGGGCAGGUGAAACCGCUCGUGAAAAGAAUGUUCCUAAAACGUUUCUUCCAUAAUGAAGUAAUGGAAGCAAUAAAGAAAUGGAAAUAUGAUAAAAAACGAAGUACGCUUAGUAAAUGGCAGAAAAAGUAUAGAAGAAAACAAAAAAGAAGGGUUAACCUACAGAUGUGA